GGAACAGGAUUUAGGUGGACUGGGUCCGAAUAGAUACAGAGUAGCCAGGAGCUCAGCACAGAGCUGUAACGUCAACAGAAGCGUCGUUGUACUGGCAAUUUGAGCCAGUCAGGAAGUGGAAAUUAUAGGGCUGAACGUUUUGUGAUUGCAUGCAGCAGUCAGAUGGUCCGGAAACAGUGCUCUGAGUGGUGGAGGAGAGGAGAGUCAGGGAGUGGAGCAGCCUGAGUACUGGCACGCUGUGUACCCACACUGAGAGCAGAGCGCUGCGGAGAAUCGCUUCCAUGUUCAGACUGAGAGCACUGAGCAGGCAUUGUGCAUUCAGAUGUCAUAGCCAGCUGGGAGCGAUGUACUGUGCGGGUGGACCUCUGCAUCUUCCAGGAGCAAUGUGCAGCCCACAGCACAAGAGGACUUCAGCGCCAGCUGGGACAAACACCGCAGAGAUAUGGAAAUAUGUUUGAAGUGUCCAGAACAUCAGUGGUCAAAUGACAGAAGAGACGCCUGUAUAGAGAGAACAGUCGAGUUCCUAUCUCAUGGAGAGAUAUUGUGGGCAUCUCUUAUUUCCAUCGCUCUAUUAUUCUGUUGCCUGACUGCUGUAAUCUUAGGGAUCUUUAUCAAAUACAGAGAUACAGCUGUGGUGAGAGCCAAUAACCAGAACCUCAGCUUCAUCCUCCUCCUCUCACUCAUUUUAGCCUUCCUGUGUCCUCUGCUAUUUAUUGGACGCCCCACAGAGAUGUCCUGUCUCCUCAGACAAGUGGCUUUUGGGAACAUUUUUACUGUUGCUUUCUCUUCACUUUUGGCCAAAACCAUCACCGUUGUCCUCGCCUUCAGAGCCACCAAACCCGACCAGAAGCUGAUGAGGUGGCUGACCAGACAUUCAUCAAGACUGCUACUUGCCAUCUGCUCCUUUGGGGAGGCUGUGAUCUGUGCCCUCUGGCUAUGCUUAUCUCCACCAUUCCUAGAUUAUGACACCCAGGCAGAGGUUGGGAAGAUGAUAUUACAGUGUAAUGAAGGUUCUGUCGCUGCGUUCUACAUUGUGAUUGGCUACAUGGGAGGUCUGGCUGCCUUAUGCUUUAUUGUGGCCUCUUUAGCCAGGAAGCUGCCAGAUACAUUCAAUGAGGCUCAGUACAUCACAUUCAGCAUGGCGGUCUUCUGCAGUGUCUGGGUCGCCUUCGUCCCAGCCUACCUCAGCGCCAAGGGGAAAUACACGGUGGCUUUUGAGGUAUUUGCUAUUUUGGCUUCCAGUGCUGGACUCCUGGGCUGUAUCUUCAUCCCUAAAUGUUACAUUAUUCUUAUCAGACCAGAGUUGAAUGUCAGGGCCAAUUUAAUCUUGAGUAGAAGUUGAAAUGGCAAAGAAAGUUUAUUAAAAUGUAA